GCGAGGCCGCCUCAAGCGCAGCACAGGUCCGGCGGCUCAGCAGCAGGCGGUGCGGAGCCCAGGGUUCGGAGGAUCGCGGAGCUGGGGCCGGCGCGGCACCCAGGCAGGAGGGAGAGAGGGGUCCCUGCCCAGGAGCCCGGGGUGGGAGGCCUGCGGGAGGCGCCCGGCCUGGUGCUGAGCCUGGAGUCGUCCCGGCCGGGCAGGCCCUGGGAGCCCGGGGGAGGGAGAGCCCGGUGAUCCCGAGGGAUCACAGAGUCUCUUCGAGGUCCCUGCUGUCAUUGGAACGGCGGAGGGUCUCUGUCUCCAUUUCCUGAGCCGCAGAGCAGAGCGCAGCCUAUCUGAGCCCCCGUGGGGACCCCAGGUCCCCCCCACCCCCCGCACCAGCCUGGGGGAGCCCUCAGCCCCUUUCUCUGGACUCCGCCGUGUCCCUCAGCCAUCGGUCCCCUGUCUCAGGUCCAGUGCAGACCUCUGAUCUCUGUUCUCUGAAUUCCAGCAGGUCCCCAGCCCCCCCCCCCCCCGCCCCCUUUUCCGAGCCCCAGCCAAGACUCUGCUAUUUCCUUCUGUGAAUGCUGGGGGUGGCCUCCUGUCUGUGUGAGACCCAGAAGAAGUUCGGAUCUCCCUCCUAAACCCCCGAGGGGACCCAACUCCUACCUCCUCAGACUCUGAGCCCCAAAGAAGCCAGGAGGUGCUUCCUUUCAAACGCACGGAGGACCUCAGCUUCCUCUCCUGGGUGCCUCGAACUCUGAGCCCAGUGGGGACCCGGAACAGCCCCUCAGAGCUUCGGGUGACCCCCCCACCACCUGUGGAACCCUCAGGCCCCCCCUCCUUGGCACCCAAGUUCUAGCUCGGACCUCAGGGGACCCUGAUUUUCCCCUGGGUUCUCUCCUCUUUGCUGAGUUUCUGUGGAUACCUCAGGCCCUUUGCUGAACCUCAGCAGGUUCCCCAGCGCCCGGGGGCGGCCGGAUCUUGUUUUUUUUUUUUUUCCUUUUUUCUUUUUCUUUUUUUUUCUUUCUUCCUCUUCUGAGAUCCAGAGGCACCCUCGGCUUUCCCGUGUGAGGUUCCAGGGAGAUUCAGAAAUUCCUUUUUUUUAUAGUCCAGUGGAAGCAGCUCCUCACCCGCUUCGAGCCCCCAGGCCUCCCCCACCCCCGCCCCCUCCCAGCCCUCUCGGUUCCGCUUUCUCCACAUCGUAUGAUGAUGUGGUCCAACUUCCUAAUGCAAGAAGAGAACCGGCGGCGGGCCGAGGCCGGGCGGCGGGGGCGCGGGCAGGGCCUUUCGGGGCUGUCGCCGGAGCAGGAGGGGAAGGUGAAGCUGGUGCUGCUGCUGACCGCGGUGGGUGCCACGCUGGCCGUGCUGGCCGUGGGCACCGAGUUCUGGGUGGAGCUCAACACCUUCAAGGCCAACGGCAGCGCCGUGUGCGACGCCGCGCACCUGGGGCUGUGGAAGAUGUGCACCAAGCGACUGUGGCAGGCGGACGUGCCCGCAGGCAGGGAGACGUGCGGCCCCGCGGAGCUGCCCGGAGAAGCCAACUGCACCUAUUUUAAAUUCUUCACCACUGGGGAGAAUGCACACAUCUUCCAGAGAACCACAAAGAAAGAGGUGAACCUGGCAGCUGCAGUGAUAGCAGUGGUAGGCCUGGCAGUCAUGGCCCUGGGGUGCCUCUGCAUCAUCAUGGUGCUCAGCAAAGGUGCAGAGUUCCUGCUCCGAGUUGGAGCUGUCUGCUUUGGCCUCUCAGGCCUGCUGCUCCUGGUCAGCCUGGAAGUGUUCCGGCAUUCCGUGCAAGCCCUUCUGCAGAGUGUCAGCCCAGAGCCUCCCCCAGCCCCGGCCCUGGCCUAUGAGUACUCCUGGUCUCUGGGCUGUGGAGUGGGGGCCAGCCUGGUCCUGCUGCUGGGCGGCCUCUGCUUUCUCCUGCUCACCCUGCCACCCUGGCCCUGGGGCUCACUCUGUCCCAAGCAGGGGCCCAGGGCCACCUAGGGCCACCCUGUGCUUUCCCUAAGCUCCUUCUAAAACCCUUCUUUUUUAACCCUUGCCCCGUCAAAAUCUUUUGCCUCACAUCUUGGAGAAACUGUUUUCCUUGAGCUGGGGCCCAAAUUGUUUGCACAGACCCAUCUCUCAUGCCCUCAUCUUUUCCCUCUGUAAAUACGUUUUCCUCAGUGGCUGAAUUUGGGUCGCUUAGGGGUGGGGUGGGGAGAGGCAUUUUGCAAACGAGGGUCCCCAGGGAAGGUUGCUGGGGACCUGAUGGGGUAACUAGAGAUGGGGGGGAUGAAGUCAGGGGGUGUUGGAGGGAAUUGGACCUAUUCAUUUUUCAGACUGUGGGAGAGCCUUCUGGCUAAUUUGAAAUGUGUAGAAAUAGGGGAGGUGGGGGUGGGGGGGAUGUCUGGGUCUGACCACAGUGAGGUAUGAUUUGGGAAUUAAAGGUUUGGAGAUUUAA